AUGUUCUCCUGCUGCUCUGUGAGGAUGUCACUCUUUGCCAUGGGGUUUCUGUUAUCCAUCCUUCAGCCUUCCACUGGGCAGUUUCCCAGAGCCUGUGCAAAUGCACUGAGCUUGCUGAGGAAGGAGUGCUGUCCCCUCUGGAGUGGAGAUGGUUCCCCUUGUGGGGAACGUUCCCGCAGAGGGUCCUGCCAGAACAUCCUUCUCUCUCAGGCUCCAUUGGGACCACAGUUCCCUUUCUCAGGAGUGGAUGACAGAGAGGACUGGCCCUCUGUAUUUUACAACAGGACAUGCAGAUGCGAAGAAAACUUCAUGGGAUACAACUGUGGGGAUUGCAAGUUUGGCUUCACAGGACCCAACUGCAAUGAAAGGCAAGUGAGAAUGAGAAGAAACAUCUUUCAGCUCUCCAACAAGGAGAAGGACAAGUUUCUUGCCUACCUGAAUUUGGCAAAGAACACCCUUAGCCAGGACUAUGUAAUUGCUACUGGCACGUACAGUCAGAUGAACAACGGCUCCAACCCCAUGUUCAGAAACAUCAAUGUAUAUGAUCUAUUUGUGUGGAUGCAUUAUUAUGCCUCUCGAGACACACUCUUAGGUGGGUCCACUGUGUGGAGGGACAUUGAUUUUGCCCAUGAAGCCCCUGGUUUUCUGCCUUGGCAUCGAGCCUUUCUGCUGAUGUGGGAACAUGAAGUCCAGAAGAUAACAGGUGAUGAAAACUUUACCAUCCCCUACUGGGACUGGCGAGAUGCGGAGGACUGUGUGGUCUGCACUGAUGAAUACAUGGGUGGCAGGCAUCCCAUCAUUCCUAAUUUACUCAGCCCAGCAUCAUUUUUCUACUCAUGGCAGGUAAUCUGUACUCAGUCUGAAGAGUACAACAGGCAACAAACUUUAUGCAAUGGCACUGGUGAGGGGCCUAUACUGCGAAAUCCUGGGAACCACGAUAGAUCAAGGACUCCAAGGCUCCCAUCUUCAGCUGAAGUUGAAUUUUGCCUGUCACUGACACAGUACGAAUCUGGACCCAUGGAUAAAAUGGCCAAUUACAGUUUCCGAAACACUUUGGAAGGCUUUGCUGAUCCACAGACUGCAAUAUCAAACAUAUCUCAAAGCGGUUUGCAUAACGCACUUCAUAUCUACAUGAAUGGCUCCAUGUCCAAAGUAGAAGGCUCUGCAAAUGAUCCUAUCUUUGUACUACACCAUACAUUUGUUGACAGCAUUUUUGAGCAAUGGUUAAGAAGACACAGGCCCAUGCUGGAAGUUUACCCAGCAGCCAACGCACCCAUUGGACACAAUCGAGAAAGCUACAUGGUCCCCUUCAUCCCCCUUUAUAGAAAUGGAGAAUUUUUUAAACCUUCAAGAGAGCUUGGGUAUGACUAUGAGUAUCUUCAGGAACCAGUGGUUUUUUCUGUCCAUGAGUUUUUAAUACCCUACCUUGAGGAAGCCCGUCAGAUCUGGGUUUGGCUGCUUGGAUCAGCUGUGACUGGAGGCAUAAUUGCUGCUGUGCUCACAGGGCUCAUCCUGACUUGGUGGAAGAAAAGAAAAACUUCUUCAGAGAUACAACCCUUGCUCACAGAAAGUGAAGAUUACAACAAUAUAUCUUAUCAAUCCAAUUUUUAG